CUUGCGCCCGAUGGCAGUGCAGUCAACUUCCCCAGUUGGCUGAACUGUCUUGAGCGCACGCUGUCUGGCACUCUCGUGAGUGGCUUUAACCUAUGGUUUGUCACUCAGCAGAGUGGUUCUGGCGCCAUUCCCACCUCUCCCUCUGGACCCACCUCUUCCUCCUCUGACCCCUAUGCUGAUGGCCUCCGUGCUGCCAUUGCUGAAACUGAGCGGCUUGUGACCACGGCGCAAGCCACCACCACGGCUGCUCCUGACAAUGCUGCUGCCCGUGACUUAGCUCGUAUUCUUGCUGAGUCCCUCGAGAGCACCCGCAAGCGCCUCACUGAGCACCUCGCUGCCCCUUCUCCUCGCUCUGCGUCUACUCCCAUUUCCUCUGCUCCAUCUCACUCUGGCCUUCUCGUUGACUGGCAUGUUGCCAACGCACGUGCCUGUCAGGUCAUCCUUGCCUGCCUCCCUCCAACUCUUCUCCCUCAGUGCUCGCACAUCCGCUAUGCCAAGGACCUUCUCGGCUAUCUUACCGAGCGCUUCCAGCCGCAGACUCCUAUCAGUGUCAUUGCCCUCUUACGCGAGCUUACCUCUCUUCGUCUUGCUGACUUCACCACCAUGGCGGACUACAUCGCUCGCGUGCAGACGCUGUCCUCCCAACUUGCCUCUCAAAAGUUUGAACUUUCCGAUCAUGUGUGCGGUGCCCUCCUCCUCACAGGCCUCACUCCUGAAUACAGUGUUCAUGUCACUCUGUAUGGUUAG